UUCUCCAAGCUGUGAAAGCACUCGAGGUUGUGGUAUAAAAAGGCACAAGGCCAGCUGUUGUUCAAGCUAGCUAGAAGCUCACCUUGCUCUCUGUGCAACCGCUUCCAGUCUCUCUUGUCUGCUGCAUCAACGAGAAGAAAGCUUAAACACUACUAGUUGUACAAGCUUGCUAUAGCCUAAAAUAUUUGGCUAAAAAGAUAAGCUUUUAAAUUCACACACCACCAACCGCCUUUUAAUCCUGUGUUUCUUAUACGUUGGAGCACUAACACAUUCUCCCUUGUUCUUCCUCUCCUCUGAAGCAAAACACAAAACCCCAGUUAUAAUUUGCUCUCUCUCUCUCAAACUCAUACACUCUUUGAACUUCAGUUUGAGUUUGUUGUUUCUGUGUUGUCAAGCAUGAAUAAACAGGAGGUGAUGAAGAUGCAGCAGACUCAUACUUUGAAAGUGAACAUAGAGUGUCACUGUGAUGGAUGCAAGAAGAAAAUAAAGAAAAUGCUCCAAAAAAUCGAGGGUGUAUAUACAACCACAGUGAAUGCAGAGCAAGGGAAGGUAAUUGUGACAGGGAAUGUUGAUCCAGCCAAACUCAUAAAGCAGCUCGAGAAGUCAGGGAAACAUGCAGAGUUGUGGGGAGGCCAAAAGGGCUCUAACAACUUCCAAAACGUUGUCAAUAAUCAACUCAAGAACAUGAAAAUUGAUGGUGGAAAAGGUGGCGGCGGCGGGAAAGACAACAAAUCUCCGAAGGGUGGAAAAGGUCAACAAGUACAAACGAUGCAGCAGAUGAAAGGUUCCAAGGAUGUAAAGAUGCCGCCAAAUAAAGACCAGAAGGCUGUCAGGUUCAACGUGAAUGAGGAGGAUUUUGAUUCAAGUGAUGACGAGUUUGAUGAUGAUCUUGAUGAUGAUAUUGAUGAUGAGGAAGAGUUUGGCCAUGGCCGUGGCCAUAAUAUACCAAACAAGAUGAUGGCCAUGCCCAUGAUGGGUAAUGGUUUGCCAAACAAGAUGAUGCCCAUGAUGGGUAAUGGACAUGGGCCUCAUGGUAUGAUCGGUGGGCCUGGGUUUAAUGAUAAAAUGGGUGGCGGGGGUGGUGGAAAGGCCAAGAAAGGUGGUGGUGAUGAUGUUUUUGAGAUCCCUGUGGUAAUGAAGGGCAAGGGAGACAGUAAAGAUGGCAAGAAAGGUGGUGGUGGUGAUGGCAAGAACGGUAAAAGCAAGGGGGAGAACAAGAAACAAGAUGGUAGAGAUAAAAAAGAUGGCAAGAGUGGUAUUGGGAUUGGGUUUCUGGGCUUUGGCAAGAAGAGUAAAAAGGGAGAGGAUAGUACUAAUAAGGCUGCAGCCAAUAAUGGCAGCGCAGGUGGAAAUGGAAACAGUAAUGGCAAUGGGACCAAGAAGGGUGGUGGCAAAACCGAUGGGGUCGAUGAUAUUAACAAAAUGAAACAAGGGUUCCAUGAAAUUGAUGGAACAGGGAAAGCUCACAAGAAUCCGGGCCAAAUGGGUCCGAUGGGUCAUAUGGGUCCGAUGGGAGGGAUGGGCAAUGUUCCAACAGUGCAUGGACUGCCUGCACCAGCGGCAAUGAAUGGUGGUGGAUAUUAUCCAGGAAUGGGGCAAGCUAAUCCUUACAAUCAGCAGCAAUACAUGGCAAUGAUGAUGAACCAGCAAAGGCAGAAUGGGAAUGACAUUUUCCAACCAAUGAUGUAUGCUCGCCCUCAUCCUUCCAUUAACUACAUGCAGCCUCCGAUACCACCACCUACGGUGUCCGAUCAGUACACUCACUUCUUCAACGAUGAGAAUACCGAUAGUUGCAGUAUAAUGUGAAUGUGAAGGUCGCAAGUAGAGUAGUUAGCUAGUUAUGUCCUUGUUUUGUUUUUACCAGGUUAAGUGUACCUUUUGUGAUGGGUCCUUAUACAAGGUUGUGCGCAAGGUCUCACAGACAUCAUUGCCUGCGUGACUUAAAAUAGGUGUCCGAUUUUGUUUCACUCCUCGGAAAUAUAUUAUCCUUCAAACUCCUUUGUUUGAUAGAGAUUGUCCCAA